UUCACGUUUUCAAAUGAAAUGAUUAAAAUAAGCUAGCUCAUUCAUCUCCGCAUUAAGAAGAACUACCCGGUGGUGGAGAACUCUUUGACCCGGUCAGUACCAGAUGAGAGGCAUUUAACUCACAUCUAUCUCAUCUCCACUCCUUGUGUACAAUGAAUGGUCGAUCGUGUACCUUUCUUAUUAUCCCGAUCCGAUCACCUUCCUGGAAAAAGAAACUCUUAUUCACAUCGAUCGCUCACAUAUAGCAUGGCAGCACUUGCGCCUUUAGUUGCUAGUGGCUAGUACGCAUAAGUGAUUUCCAAGGGCGGGGCAUCCAUCCAACUAAAUUCAUGGGAUUGUCCAGGUGUGGUUGGCAAGCAAUUAGGGCAAGAAGAAGGGCGUGCCCACGGAUGAAUAGUCUCAAGUAGUUUGAUCUAUCCGCUUUUCGGAGUGCUUCCCGCGUUCGCUCAUCAGAUGGGCGGUCAUCAGUCAAGAGAUCUUGGUCGGAAUUGUCAGUAGUCAGUAGGGCAAUUGCUCCAUGGGUGGUCGAUCCAACCGGUAUUGAUCUCCACUUUUUUCAGUGAGAAAACCUGAAGAGUGAGUGCUCUCGUGCAAAUGACUUCUGAGUAUUGCACAUUUGACUUAGAGGUAUUUCAUUUUGGGUUUUCAUCAAAGGUUUCGGCCUCACGCUGCCUAGACUAGCCGUCCAGAGUCGAGUAGUUGUCGUCCGUGAAAGAAAAAGCAAAGUCCUGAGGCAAUGCACGAUCGCCGUUAUUGCUUGCACCCACCGCUCGGUCUCGUUCGUUUAGCUUCUGGCUCGCUCUAGUACGCAUUUUCCUUUGAGAAGACCUGCGCUUCGCCACCAACAGCUGUGACUUACGCUGGCUCAGAUCAGUCGCACUCCCUACGCUCGCCUUGCCUGGGCCACCUGCCGCAAACCUCAGAGCUCUUUUUUUUCUUUCUGCUCGCUCUUCGAAAUGCGAUCACUACUAGUUAGUUCAGCUUCUCACUCCAGGAAGAAUUUAUCCUUCAUCUUUGAUCGGAGUCCCACUCUGGUGUAGUCCAGCUGGUUUCAUUUCAAAAUGAACGUGGGAAACAUACAGGACCAAAGUGAUCUCCCGUGAUCCUGGCGGGCUGCGCCCCGGCCGGCGCCGUAACAGCCGAUUGUCUGACGCGGCAAGUGAAAUUGGUAUAGCUCUCCAAGUGGCCUAGGGCAUGCUCCUCUGUGACUUGGAUGCUAGCGUUCUAUCUUCUAGGUAUGGUAGACGCGUAAAAGAUCAGCUUUUCAGAGACGGACUUUUUCCAGUGCACUACGGUAAGACGUGAAAUCACCCGAUCCCAUUCCGACCUCGAUCUGUGAAAUCGUCUUGCGCCAUAUGUACUGAACUGAGAUUGUUCGGGAGACAUGGUCCAAGCGCUGGAAAAAGGUGUGAAUUAUCCUGUCUGUGACCUAUUUUGCUCAACAGCGUCAUUUUUUCUUUUUCUCGGUAUAAAGUCUUCUUUCUAAUGGAAAAGAAGCAGAAUUUUCACCCUCACAAUGGCAACCUCUUUUUUUUCUUCUCAUUCUUUAAUGCUAAAUUUAUGUAUUAUUACUGAAUCUUUAUGGAAUUCGUCUCGAAGGUAUCAAAGGCUUAAUUCGAAAAGUGAUCUGGAAAGAAUCCAAGUUCAACUUCGCUCGUCUACUUACCGCUUUCGUCCGAUGUAUCGUUAUUUUAUUCCCAAAUCGGGUGGUCGACUCCGUCCAAUAACUCAACCGGACGCUUCCGAUCUAUUAUUAUUAAAGAGUUUACAUCAUUUACUUAGUGAUCAUUGUGAACCGAUCUUCCAUUCUUCGUCCCACGGCUUUCGACCCAAUCGUGGCUUGAUUUCCUUUUUUAGUACAAUGAAAUCUUGGUGCUCUCUCGCUAUGUUGCAGAAAAGCGAUGUGGUGAGUUGCUUUGAUAAAAUCCCACAUGGCCUCUUGCUGUCGGAGCUUCGUUCGUGUCUAGGUGCUGAGAAUGAAGAAAUAAUCAAUUGAAUUUCCUCAUUCCUUCGUACUCCGAUCCUGGAUAAGCAGGGUGUGAAUUAUGCUUCCUCGUCGCUAGGAAUCCCCCAGGGCAGCCCGAUCUCGCCGAUCCUAAUGAACAUAUAUCUUCAUUCGCUGGACGUUCGAAUGGGUGAGCUUGUAUCAUCGGGUCAGCUUUUCUAUCUACGUUAUGCGGAUGAUAUUCUUCUGGGAUUCCCGACUGGGACAAGUCUUUCCCGAUUGACACUGACCUUAGACAGGACGCUAAAGGACCUGAAGCUCCAGGGGAAAUCAGCAAAGAUUUGGCGCCAAGAGAAAAGGCGUUCAUCCGGAAUGAAAGUGCUUUCGAUGAUCUGCUGCAUUAUUCCUGAUGGUCAAAUCUCAGCCCUUCGGAGAAUGGAAAAAGAAGCUUUCCUUGGCUCGAAUUGAGAAGAAAAUGGAGAAAGCCAAUCCGCCUAAGACAAAGACGCUGGCUAGCUUUUUUCCCUUUCUCUUAUCAAUGGUGAAAGUAUACCUUCACUUCUUUUUCAGUUUUCAGAAGGAGAGGAGAAAGAUAGAAAGAGUUAAAGAUUCUCGUGUCCAUAGGGUAUUUCUUAGUGGAAUGAAACUGAAACUAAUCUGGGAAAUGAUUUUUCAACGAAAAAACCCGGGAAAACGCAAGUUUUUUAUUUUUGAGUUGUCGUUUAGGGCAGAAAUGUAAUUUCAACGAUUUUUCCCGGUAAAAUGAAAAUAUAUCUGUCUGGAAAUUUAGGAUGGCAUGAAAUUGAGGUGUCAACUUUUUCCAUAUAUAUGAAACGAGAAAUCUCUUAAGAAAAGAGAAAAUGUCGUAAGAAAAGAAAGAAUUUCUUAAGAGAAGCAACUCUAUCAUAAGAGAAGAAACUGAGACCCUGAUACGAUGUUUUGGGGGGUCUCAUAGUCAAGAAGAGUUUGAUCCUGGCUCACCGAAGGAACGCUAGCUAUAUGCUUAAAACAUGCUAUAGCUAUAUGCUUAACACAUGCUAUUCGCACGCUGUUUUGGGGUUUUCAACCUCAAAAUGGAUCUUUCUUUUUUUUAGUAAGACGAAUCCAAGUACAACAGAAGCUAACGAAAGCAGCAUGCGCUGAAGUUAGAAAUCGUUGGUACUUCUUUUUCUGAGCGUAAGAGAAAGUGAUCCUGCUGCCCCUUGAUUCCCUUCAUUCGCUGGUGGACUCUCUGUUCGUUCUCUCUCCACCAUGCUUUAUGUCGUGACGAAUCUUGCUUGUGGUUAGCAAAAGGGGGCUAUCCCCGUAGCCGAUAUCGAUGUGGCCGUUAUCCGAUCGUGAUCUCUUAACCUUCUUACCGUUCCAGGAUUAGCUUUCUAGUUUCUUACAAAUCUUCCUUUUGGUCAGCAACAAAUCAUUGCUCUGUGUUUUCCUUAACUUCUAGGUAAGCUGGGGUGGUACGUCUGUGCUUCCUCUUAAUCGAACUAGGCCUUUGAUAUCUUUCACGAAUCUCCGAUAAAAGACUCCCAUGCUUUUCUUGGUUAAACCAAGGUGAUGUUCUUUCCGACAAGUCUGUCUGAAUUUUUAUAGCAAGAAGCGGAAAAAAGGAAAAAAAAAAAAAAAAAAAGAAUGAUGAGCGAAGUAAUAAAAGAGUUUUUAUGGCUUCUGAAGGGGAACGAAAAAACCCUUAGCAGCUUUCUCGACCGUCUUCUUCGUUUGCUUUAUAGUUAUGUAUUUCUCAUUUUGCCGUGGUACGUAUUCUUAAUAUUCGAGACUCUAGAAAGCCACAAAAGUCUAGGAGUCGCCAGCGAAUUUAGUUACAGCUGGAAAGGGGUCUCUGUCAAGCCUGUUUGGCCGCCUACACCUCAAAAUGCUGCUGAUGUGGCUGAUCAGGUGGUCCCCCACAGCCCCCAAGCUGGCGAGGUGGCGGCCAAUAGCCCCCUGGAUCAAUUUGAGAUUAUCCCAUUUCUUCCUAUGAAUAUGGGGGACUUUUAUUUCUCAUUCACAAAUUCAUCUUUCUUUAUGCUGCUCACUCUCAGUUUGGUCCUACUUUUGGUUUAUUUGGUUACUAAAAAGGGAGGAGGAAACUUAGUACCAAAUGCUUGGCAAUCCUUGGUAGAGCUUAUUUAUGAUUUCGUGCUGAACCUGGUAAACGAACAAAUAGGGGGUCUUUCCGGAAAUGUUAAACAAAAGUUUUUCCCUUGCAUCUUUGUCACUUUGACUUUUUUGUUAUUUUGUAAUCUUCAGGGUAUGAUACCUUAUAGCUUCACAGUUACAAGUCAUUUUCUCAUUACUUUGGGUCUCUCAUUUUCGAUUUGGAUUGGCAUUACUAUAGUGGGAUUUGUGAUCUUGCAGAUGGAGGGUACAUCCAAAAAAAAAUGUCUUUCAUCCUCCAAGAAUAUUCAGGCUUCUGGAAACGGGGGAUCCGACGACGACGACGACAGGAACAAACGUCGUCUUCAGGAAGUAGUCUCAAACGAGAUCCACACGACUCUCGUAGGCCUCAUCCGGAACCUCAUCAAAGAGGUUAUCGGAAGGCCAGAAAACACCCACCUUCGGGAAGGGAUAUUGAAUCCUAACUCAAAUAGGUGGAACUGGGCAGUCAAAACUGCUCUUGAAGAGCUCGUAGGUGAUGACCCGGCGUCCCGAAGUUGGCAGACAAUAGCCCACUUACUUAGAAUGGGCCUUGAAAUCUCCACUCAGGCCGGAAGAAGCCCUUUUCUUCUGAGAGUCCUCCUAUUCCUGACACUUGAAUAUCACAAGAGGCAAUGUUAGAAGUGUAAGUAAAUAAGAGUAAGAUACCUUACCACAAUUGAGGAGUCAUCCCUUGGCCUUUUCGAGGCACUAUUCUUCGCUUUCAGGAGAGUUAUGCCGAUCUGUGCUUUGUCUGAAAAAGCCCGGAAAAGGGGCAGCCCUUCUUCUUAAAUUGCACAAGCACAAGAAAGGGCCCAGUUCAGAGAUCAGCCUUCGUGGACAAUAGGCCUCUGGUAGUAGCGGCAAGGGAGGUUUUACCCACCAAGUCCAGCUUUCUUGUGAAAGUCUUGGCUUGCUCUUUUUCCAUGUCUGUUGAUGCCGUAGGAAUUCUCUCUGGAACAACCCCUGGCUGGGAUAAAUAGACUGAUAUGAGUUAGAUUCGGAAAUUUCUUUGUGGCAACAAAAGUUCCAUCGAUUUAGCUGUUGAUGGUGUAACCGCUCUUUAUUUAAUCGCAUUUUCAAAGCAUCAGUCCAACAGAGGCAAGGCUACUAGAAUACCCACACUCGGCUCAAAUGAUUGGAUCCCAAGUGUCAUUACAAAAAAAAGCUUGUGCCCCUGAAAAGGGAGGAGACUUUCCUCGUGUUAGCCGAACUGGGAUCGGUAGAAGGAAAAAGUCAUUUUAGCCCAGAUAAAAAAAGUAGUUUUUGUCGACCCUCUAUUAAGGAAUCCGACUUGAGGCCAAAAUCGCAAGGUUGGGUGCGAUUGCUCAAGGUUGGGGGGCUACUAUCAGCCUAUAAGGAAAAGGAAGCAGUCCUUCCGCUGCACGAGCAUCGACAAAGAGAGAGUUUAGAGCAAUUAGCCAAUCCAAUCACCAACGAAAGGAGAAGGAAAAUCAAAUAAAAAAGAACUAAGAAUCCCAAUCCCAACUGACCCAGAUAGCAUACAGUGAAGCAGAUGCUGAAUUAUUUCCA